CAAAUUGGAAGGAAACAGAGAAAGAAAGAAAGAGACUUGUCUGAUCAGUGAUUAGGAAAUUGGACGGUCCAGAUCUGCCUGAAGGUUUGCCGGAGAAAGGAGUUUCCCGGCGAACCGCGAAGAGAGAUGUGCAACCACGGGAAGCGAGAGGAGUCGGAGACGACGACGAAGCAACAGAAGGUGAAGAGUGUUAAGAAGAAGAUGACGUUGAUGAAGUUCCAGGACCUUCCGCAGUACAUGAAGGACAACGAGUUCAUAUUGGACUAUUACAGGUGCGAGUGGCCAUUGAACGACGUCGUCUUCAGCGUCUUCGCCUGGCACAACGAAACCCUCAACAUCUGGACGCAUUUGGUGGGGUUCUUGAUAUUCGUGGGACUAACGGUGAUGAGCUUGAGGGACGACACGGAGCUCGGAGGUCUGCUCGGCAAUUUCUCCAGGGCUUCGGUUUCUGGACCGUUGAUGAUGAUGACCAUGAUGAAGAUGACGGACCUUAACGUCUCCUCUACUCAGAACGUACAAUUUCCUCCUCCGGAUUCACAUUUGAGGCAAAUUUCACAGGCAUCAUCAAUAAUUCAUGCAAACAAGGAAGAUGGUUAUGAUGCUAUUCCAAGAUGGCCUUGGUUUGUGUUCUUAAGUGGGGCUAUGGGGUGCUUAGUUUGCAGCUCCCUCUCCCACCUCCUUGCUUGUCACUCCAAACGCUUCCAUUUUUUCUUCUGGCGCCUAGACUAUGCCGGGAUUUCGCUUAUGAUAGUCUGUUCCUUCUUUGCUCCCAUUUACUAUUGCUUCUCCUGCAAUCCACACUCUCGGUUUUUCUAUCUUUCUUCAAUAUCUGUGCUUGGAAUCCUUGCCAUCAUUACCCUUCUUUCGCCUAGUCUCUCUGCACCCCGUUUCCGGUCAUUCAGGGCUACCCUUUUUCUCUCCAUGGGCUUCUCCGGGGUGAUUCCGGUAGUUCAUGCCCUAGUUCUCUACGGGGGCAAUCAACAUAUAUUUGUUGCUUUGGGAUAUGAGCUUGCUAUGGCUAUUUUUUAUGCUUCAGGAGCUGCAUUCUACGUUAGUCGGAUACCAGAACGCUGGAAGCCUGGUAAAUUUGAUCUUGCAGGGCACAGCCAUCAGAUCUUCCAUGUCUUUGUUGUCCUCGGCGCACUUACACACAGCGCUGCCACACUGGUUGUUAUGGAUUUUCGCCGGGGAUCACCAACCUGUGGAUAUUAGGCGCAUUCCGGUCACACGUUUAGCAGUGUUAGCAUAGGCAUCACACUGGUGAGGGUUUCAAUCAUUCUGACACCAGGUUUUUGUAUUGUCUUGUUGUUCAGCUUGUGUUGUAAAACUCUGCCUAAAACGAAAGCUUGUCUUCGUAUGUGUACCGAAAAUGUUGUAUUUGUAGACUUCUAUCAGUUACACCAUAAUUGAUUCUA